AUGUCAACAUUAGUUACUAUUCGUUCAACAGCAACUUCUACAACAAGCAUGAAUUCAAAUAAUGGAAAUAUUAAUAUUGAUAGUCAAGCAACUGUACGUUCGUAUGGUAUAACACAACCUAUAUCAAUGAAAGGUCCUGAUCCAUCAGAUAUAUUAGCGACGGAAAGUCUCGAAGAAACAUUGCGUUCAUAUGAUUACUUUGAAUCAGACGCUGAAUUAGCACAUCGUGUUGAUGUAAUGGCUAAACUAAAUGCACUUGUACGCAAAUGGAUACGUGAUAUAUCUUUAACAAAAAAUUUACCACUUGAAACUGUAGAUACAGUUGGCGGUCGUGUACAUACGUUUGGAUCAUAUCGGCUUGGUGUUCAUUCAAAAGGUGGUGAUAUUGAUACACUUCUUAUAGCUCCGCGCCAUAUCGAUCGUACAGAUUUUUUUUCAACAUUUGUUGACUUUCUUCGGCAUCAACCGGAAGUAUGCGAUUUACGUGCCAUAGAAGAAGCAUUUGUACCGGUCAUUAAAUUCACAUUUGAUGGAAUUGAACUGGAUAUGUUAUUUGCUCGUUUGGCAUUAACAACUAUUCCUGAUACACUCGAUUUGAAAGAUGAUAAAAUUUUACUUAAUUUGGACCAACGCUGUGUACGUAGUUUGAAUGGUUGUCGUGUUACAGAUGAAAUUCUUGAUUUAGUACCCAAUCGUGAAACAUUCAAAUCAACAUUACGUGCCAUUAAAUUAUGGGCUAAAAAAUGUGGCCUUUAUAGUAAUGCAUUGGGAUUUUUCGGUGGUGUGACGUGGGCUAUGCUUGUUGCACGUAUCUGCCAACUAUAUCCAAAUGCUGUUGCUGCUACAUUAGUUCAUAAAUUUUUUCUUGUCUAUUCAAAUUGGGAAUGGCCAACACCUGUUAUAUUGAAACCAGUCAAUGAUGCACAUUAUGGUUUUAAUGUUUGGGAUCCAAUGACAAAUCCAUUUGAUCGCCAUCAUUUAAUGCCAGUAAUAACACCAGCUUACCCACAACAAAAUUCAACACAUAAUGUAACGCAAUCAACACAAAAAAUCAUUGUAGAAGAAAUCAAACGUAGUUUAGAUACUGUCAGUAAUAUAAUCGGAUCCAAGACCGAAUGGAAACAAUUAUUUACUGGAAUAGCAUUUUUUAAUCGUUACAAACAUUAUAUUAUAUUAUUACUAUCAGCAUCAGAUCAGAACCAAUUUCUUGAAUGGAGUGGUUUGGUUGAAUCAAAAAUACGUUUUCUUAUUGGAAAUCUCGAAAAAAACCUAUACAUUGAUAUAGCACAUGUUAGUCCUGACAAAUAUACACCGAAUGAAAGUGUUUUUGAAAAUCAACAGCAACCUAGUAGAACAUUGACGGAAACUAAUGGCCAUCGUAGUCCAGAAACUUCAUCGACAAAUGUAGCACAACUAUUAACAACACCUCCGUCCAAUACAAUAAACAGUCCGACUACAUUCAGUGGAAUGUGGGUUGUAGGUUUACAAUUUAAAAAUGUUAACAAAGUUCAACUUGAUCUGACUGAUGAAAUUCGUAUAUUUCUUAAUCUCGUUUACAAAGCUUCAGCUACCUGUAAUAUGAAUCGUGAUAAUAUCAAUCUAGAUGCUCGUUAUAUGCGACGUCGAGAUAUACUUGCUAUUUUACCGAAAGAUAUCACAGGAGUAACAAACCAGAGUCCUCGAUUAUCAAAAACAAAUCCAGCUGAUGAGCAACCAGAAAUAAAUACUAGAUCAUCUCUAAAACGAUCACAAUUAAAUUCAACUUCUUCUGAUGCAGGUAAUGAACAUGAUUCAGAUGCUGAAACACAAGCGAAGCGCGCAAAACUUGAAACAGUCGACGAAAUCAACAAUGAAAUAUCUCCAAAAACAUCGGAAUCAAAUCUUGCGAUGCAGUAG